AUGGCCGUCUUUAAGAAGCUGAGAAAAUCGAAAGAUAAACAUCAUCAAAACGCUGCUGCAGCAUUGCCUGAACCUGAGCCUGUGAGGCAACUCGACAAACGAGUUGGUUUAGAGACAUAUCGUGAUUUUUUCACGUUGAAGAACUACUGGAAAGCCGUCGAUCGACGACGAGUGGACGCUGGCAAUCAACUUUUAUACAGGUGA